UGAAAUGGAAAGAGAGAGAAUUUAGAAUAUGAGGAAAGGAAGCAAAGAAGGAAACGUUAGAAAGACAGAGAAGAGAGGGGAGUGGUGGGAGAAGCAGAGAGAGAGAGAGAGAGAGAGAGCGCAGGAAGGAACCAAAACCCGAUUUCCCAAUUCCCUCCCGAUUCGCUUCCAAUUCAAUUCUAUGCGAUACAAAACAAUACAAUUCAAUGGGAUGAAAACAAAAACCGCCCAACAAACUCAAUGAAAUCCACCUCCCUUUCCUCUCUCCACAACACCAACACUCCGCCUCUAUAUACGCGUGUGGUGUGAAUAAGAUUCUCUCACAAGAGUGAGAGAUUGAGCGUUUUAGAGAGAGAAAUGGCGAGGUAAGCUCAGAGAGAGAGAGAGAGAGAGAGAGGGAGUGUCUGGGUAGUAGGGCUUGUUUGGGAAUCUUUCGGUUCUUCAGCUGUUGGAUCGGCGGGGAGAUCUCGGAUUUCGCAGGCCGCUUGAUCCGUGCAAGUGUCCUGGACCACAAGUUGUUCAAAUGGUGUUCAGAUAUUCUCUUGAGGAACCAACUGGGAUAAUGGAAGGAGCAGGUCCUGAAGCACCAGCCACAGCUGGUGUGCAGGGUUUUGGUGUAAAACAGCUUCCCAAAUCCUAUGAUCAAGAGUAUGGGUACUUACAGAAGGAUUUGUUGUUGACAAAUUCUCUAUUGGCUAGACAUAAGGGCUCGAAAGAUGUUGAGAAAUGCUUGCUGGACAAGAAGGUGCAUAUUCCUCAUUUUGAGUGCAUGAUACCGAAGAAAAUCAAGCCAACAAUCAUAGCAAGUUCUGGGGAGAAGUGUGAUGGUCAGGCAUCUGAUGAUAGCUUCCUACCAGGUCUCACUGAUGAUGCAGCAUUAGAUGUGUUGGCCUGGAGCAAUAGAUCAUACUACCCAAAUCUGGCCUGUUUGAACAAAAAAUUCAAGUCCUUGAUUGAGAGUGGAGAUUUAUACAAAUUGAGGCGACGACUUGGUGUGGUUGAGCACUGGGUUUAUCUUGCCUGUAUACUGAUGCCAUGGGAAGCAUUUGAUCCUGUUAGAGAUAGAUGGAUGAGAUUGCCCAGGAUGCCUUGUGAUGAAUGUUUUACUUAUGCAGACAAGGAGUCUCUUGCUGUAGGGACUGAGCUACUUGUCUUUGGCCACGAGUUAUCAGGAUUUGCAAUUUGGAUGUAUAGCUUGCUUACUCGGGAUUGGUCAAGAUGCCAUCUAAUGAACUGGCCCCGCUGUCUGUUUGGCUCAAGCAGCCUUGGGGAAGUUGCUAUUGUAGCUGGGGGAAGCGACAAGAAUGGUCAUAUUCUAAAAGCUGCUGAGCUUUACAAUUCUGAACUGGGUACCUGGCAAGCUUUGGCAGAUAUGAAUGUCCCUCGCAAACUGUGUUCGGGCUUCUUUAUGGAUGGGAAGUUUUAUGUGAUUGGGGGAAUGUCAAGCCAUACGAAUCGUUUAACAUGUGGUGAAGAGUAUGACAUGGAAAUGGGAACAUGGAGGAGAAUACAGAACAUGUAUCCAGUUUCUGGUGUGGGGAGAGAGCCAGCUAUGUGUUCCCCUCCUCUGGUAGCUGUUGUAAAUAAUCAGCUUUAUUCUGCUGAUCAAGCAACAAAUGAAGUCAAGAAAUAUGACAAGAUCAAUAACUCAUGGACAGUUGUGAAGAGGUUGCCAGUUAGGGCCGACUCAUCCAAUGGUUGGGGCCUAGCAUUCAAGGCAUGUGGAAACAGCUUGUUAGUGAUUGGAGGACACAGGGGACCUGAAGGGGAAGUUAUUGUGAUCCACUCUUGGGAACCAAAGCAAGGAAACCAAGACUGGCGCAUCCUUUCUGUCAGGGAGCGAGCAGGUGCUUUUGUCUACAACUGCGCGUCUUCUUCUGUCAAUGGCGCUUGUUCAUUGAUCUGCAGCUUCAAAAACAAGCAUAAUGAUGUUUGGUAUUUUCUCAGAAUCAUAAUUUUCUUGCCUAAAAAUAAAACAUGCAUGGAACGUCAUAAUGGACGGACGUAUCCCAGAUCCCUUCUCGAAGUUUUCACUCAUCUCUGUGUGUGUCUGCAGGUGUUAACUGGUCUGUCUCUAAAGUACCUAUGUCGCUUUUCACCUCGUGCAUAAGUUUAAUGUCAAUUAUUAAUAAAAACAACAAAGGAUAGUGUAGUUCUUUCUUUAAAUGCUGUACACGUACGUUGUAUUAUCUGAGAAAUAUAUAUGGUUGAUGUAAAGAGGAUUGAUUGAUGAGUUAAUUUCUGGUCGCUCAAGCAGCUGUUUCAAGUAAACGAGUCGUUUGCUUUGCACGUGCCUAGGUUUGCCAUUGCGGUAAAGCUACAUUAAUUAUUUGAAGGCCAAAGUCGGAGCUUU